AUGGCUAGGGCAAGGCCAAAGGCAGAACCAGGAGCUCGCUACGAAAGUCUGGGACCCCUCGUCUCGCUAGCGCUCUGCGCCCUCGGCAUGCUGGCCGUGGCCAUCUGCUCGGACCACUGGUACGAGACGGACGCCAGGAAGCACAGGGACAGGUGCAAGGCCUUCAACACCCGCCGGAUCGAUCCUGGCUUCAUUUACAACAACAACAACAACUUGCCGCUCCGAGCGAGCCGCUCGCGCCUGGACCGCUGGGAGGGCAAACUCCUCCGGGCCCGGAAUCGCAGGCAGCUCUUCGCCAUGAGCCCCAUUGACGAAUGCAGCCGGCAGUACAACUCCACCAACAUGGGCCUCUGGAGAAAGUGCCACCGGCAGGGCUUCGACCCCGAGAUCGCCGCUCUCAUUCGGAAAGGAGAAAUUGAGCGAUGCACAUACAUCAAAUACCACUACUCCUCAGCCACCAUCCCAAGGAACCUCACUUUCAACAUCACAAAGACCAUCCGCCAGGAUGAGUGGCAUGCCCUGCACCUGCGUAGGAUGACAGCCGGCUUCAUGGGCAUGGCGGUGGCCAUCAUCCUCUUCGGCUGGAUCAUCGGCGUGCUGGGCUGCUGCUGGGACCGAGGCCUUAUGCAGUAUGUGGCCGGGCUUCUCUUCCUCAUGGGAGGAACCUUCUGCAUCAUAUCACUGUGCACCUGUGUGGCCGGGAUCAACUUUGAGCUGUCACGCUACCCUCGCUACCUGUAUGGACUCCCCGAUGACAUCAGCCAUGGCUAUGGAUGGUCCAUGUUCUGUGCGUGGGGGGGCCUGGGCCUCACACUCAUCUCGGGGUUCUUCUGUACCUUGGCCCCUUCUGUCCAACCUGUCCCGAGGACCAACUGCCCUAAAUCCAGACCCGAGAAUGGGACAGUGUGCUAAAAAACAAACCCAUACACAUAUAUAUAUAUAAAUAUAUAUAUAAUAUACAUAUAUAAAACAAAGCUAAAUCCUGAUGAGGCAAGUGCCAAGGCAGAGUGGAGGUGGCUCAGGCACCGCAUCUCGUCGGACGUUGUGUAUGUUGCCUCAUCGCCGAGAUGGGGAAGGCGUUCCCACCACGUGGCUCUUCCAUCAAUUUUUAACUUUUGGUUCCAUGGUUCCCUGGAGACAGAGUGAACAUCACCACUCGAGACAGCAUCCCAAUCCCCAUCUCUCAUGAGGAUGGGGUGGUGGGCUGGGAAGGGACAGUGCCAGGGGGCUGGAGAGACACCGAUGUAGGGACGGAAGUGCCACCCACCAGGCCAGUCACCCCCACACUGAUCAUAUCACAGAGAAGCAACACCCUUAUUCACAGAAUGUCACCAAACCUUCAAGGCUGUGGCAGAACCACUCCUACUGCUCUUCCUGUCCUGGUUCCCUCUGGCCCACCAGUGACACAUCAGAAGUGGAGGAGAGAACAAAGCAAGAAGGGAGUUUUCUCUUUGCUGCCAAACUUUUGGACAAAGUUCUAGAGGUGGGAAGGGGGAGAGAACAACCUGCUGAGAGGCAAGAUCUGCAUCAAUGAAAGGACACUUCAGCGGAUGCUCAGAAAACCCAGUCUUACCUUCCAGCUGCCUUACACCGCGUUCAAUAAGAGGCCGCCCUGCCCCAACCCCACCUGCACUCCCUGGGCAGCCGAAGCCUUGGAGUGAUGCUGUGAUGUGUGCGUGUGUGUGUGUGUGUGUG